AUGCAAAGCUCGCCCCGGGUCAAAUAUAAUCUGCUGAGCUUUGAUGGGGGUGGAAUGCGUGGGUACGGAAGCAUGCUCAUACUCGAGAGGCUAAUGAGAUACGUUAGGGAUAUUGAGGGGGAUGCAAAAUGUCUAGCUGAUCUACUUAAAGAUGUGCCUGACGCUAAUUGCGAUCCCGCUGAAUCUAGCUUCCAUCCACAUGAUUGUCCAGCGGGGAUUGAAGGGUCGGCAAUGAAUGAAGAGGUUAACAAGUUCCUGCCCUGUCAUUAUUUUGACUGCAUCAUCGGUACGAGUACAGGUGGACUAAUCGCUAUGAUGCUGGGGAGGCUUCGUAUGACGGUGACUCAUGCUAGGCAGCAAUAUCAGUUACUUGGUCAACAAGUAUUUGGCUCGCCUCGGAGUUUCCCUUAUUUGAGCUUUCGUCCAUUGGCCAUAAUCAAAUACAAUCACGAAGGGCUGGUCAAGGCUGUUAAAGAUAUUAUUCAACAUCACGAUUCCAUCCAAGAGGGACCAUAUGGAUUUCCAAAUGCGUCUUUCAAUAAAACAGACUAUGGGGUCUGUAGCACUGUUGUGACAGCUCUUGGAAAGGUCUACGAUUCUCAGUGGUCACCCAUCAAAACAAACGAAAACGAAGAAAUGAAUGAGGUGAAUUAUCGUUUCCAGACAUAUGAUACCCCAGAGGAAACCAAUUCUGGAGAUCCAAAUCUCGGAACAGCUUUCACGGGCCCAUUGUGGUGGGUCGCACGGGCUUGCACUGCAGCACCGACUUAUUUUAUUCCCAAAGAGAUCGAGGCGCUUAAUGGUAACAUUUGGCGCUUCAAAGAUGCUGGCUUGGUCUUCAAAACCCAACUCAAGAGGGCGUUGAUGAGGUCCUACGCUGGGGUCCCCCAUCUGAAACUGAUCAAGGCGGGGUUCAAAUUUGACAACCCUGAGGCCGUACACAAGAAUAUGAGUCGAACUUUAGGGGUUAACGGAAUAUACUGGCGGUUUAACGGCGAUUCGCAUGAGUGGGGAAAUAUAAAGUUGGACCAAUAUGACGAAGGCACUAUGACGAAGAUGAGAACACUUGCUAAUACAUAUCUCGCAAGAGAGGAUGUGAAACAUGACCUCCAAGAGUGUGCAAAGUCUCUCGUAAAACAUCGACGCCAGAGACUGAAGCAACAAGAUGCAUGGGAAAGGUUUGCUCUUGCAGUUGAAUAUCGCUGCGCAGCACCCGGGUGUUUCAAUCACUACAACCUCAAAGAAGAUAUGGAAAACCAUAUGAGACGAUGCCACAGAGGCAAUCAAGAGAAAGCGAAAAGACUGAUCUGGCGCUAUGACCGGAGUUAA